AGCACAAACGUCUGACGGACAACCAUCUUCUCCUCAGAUGGAAUGUCUGCAUGGCAGUACAGCAUCAAGUCCAGGUGUCUCUGAAAGACAGCCGACAUCCCUCCACAGUUUGGAAGAGGGAGCUCCAUCAGGAAAAGACUCAGGUUCUAGGGGGGUAGACCAAGAUGAGGCUGGGUCACUCAGAAAAUGGAUAUCGUCCAGCCAUGUGAAGAGGAAGGAUAUGAAGGAGAAGGCAGCAAAGAAUGAGGAGAAGAGGGAGAGGAUGGAGAGUGUUACAGGAGGAGGCGGUGGAGAGGGAGGAGAUGGAGGAAGGCUGCAGAGCUGCCCUAUGUGUCUGAUGGUUUUCCCUUUAGGGUUCACACAGAUGGACUGUGACGGCCACCUGGCCCAGUGUCUGUCAGAGAUGAACGUGGACAUGACCUGGUGAGCCCACAGGUGGAAGCGCUGGCCCAUGUCCAGGUGGAGCCGCGAGCAACCAAGAUGUCCCGCACUCUCCAGGUUCAAUCUGUUCGUGGAGGACACGCCGUGAGAGACGCUCACACAUCACCAGUCAACGCGAACGCUGACUCUGUGUCAGAUUUCUGCACCAGAGUCCAAACUUGUGGCUCUUUUUAGAAGACCCCAAUUUUGUGCUUCUAUUCUAAAACAUGGCCUCAGGUUUUAUGUCCUUUGUGAGAGCUGGUGUUUUGUAGCGACAGCUUUUGGACGUCUCGCACAGCUGUCGACAGGAGACUCGUCUGUUUUCCAGACUGCACUGCAGCUGACGCAGCUCAAAUUUAGAUCACACAUUAAAUCUUAGCAGAUAAAUGACCCAGAGACAGAGAGUAAAAGUGCAGAAUUGUAGUUCUUUUGGGAGAGCGUCUUCUCAGUGAGGA